GUGAACGAUGACUGGCAGCAUCGCGUAGCUGUCUCGGCGAGUGGCUACAGCUGCGCAGAAGCAGGCCGACAGCAGUUCGGUUUCUAGAGCGUUUCUGGAACAUAGGCCAGCCCCAGAAAGUUUGCCUUGAGCUCCAGUGCCUGCCCGCACGGUGAUCGCUCUUGCUGCAGCCUCUCCCCUCUUCUGCCCCGGAUUGUCCCAAGCGUCAUAACUGCGGCUGCACGCACCACACGCCCUCACCUCACCGACCGACUAACUUCCAUUGUGCAAUUGCUCCUGCACACCCUCAUCCCCCGCGUGCCUUGCAUCCAUCCACCUGCGCCCUAUCGCCGCGUUCCACGCCUUCGCAGCCUACACCCACCAUCCCUGCCCCUCGCGCGCCCGACGUCAAAGAGCUGCGCUCGACCCCUCACCACCCGCCUCCAAUGUCCCUCCCUCCAGACUACUCCAAUGAGAUAGCCGCCCUCGACCGCGAAAUCCUCAAACAGAAGCCGAACGACAUUCUGCAGUUCUGCGCGAGCUUCUUCAACCGCCGCCUGGAGUCGCAGCGCGCCGAGUUUCUGCUGUCGCAGCAGCAUUCCAGCCAGCAAGGCCGCGCCGAGCACAGCUUCCCCGGCAACAACCCCUUCGGCACAUCCCCCAGCUCCGGCGGCUUCGCCAAGAGCCCGAUGCAGCGCCUCGAGGAAGAAGAGGAGGAGGGCGAUAUGAUGGCCUCGCCUACUGCCUCCUCGUUCGCACAAGCCGACCUUAACAGGGCCCGCGGCGGCGACCAGGGCGACAGCCCCUUCGGCAACUUUGGCAACUUUGGCGGCUUUGGAGGCUCCUCCAAGAACCAGGUCACGCAGAUGCCUCCCAUCGUCGGCGGCAACGCGCCCAGCAACUACAACGCCAACAGACGCGUGUCUGUGUCCGCCGAGUCGCUCAACCCCACAUCGGCAGACAACGACAAUUUCACCCCGCCCUUCCACCAAAAGACAGACGACCAGGUCUCGCGCCUCAGGUCCGCCGUGUCUGGCAACUUCCUCUUCUCACAUCUCGACGACGAGCAGUCUUUACAGGUGCUCGGCGCGUUGCACGAGAAGCCCAUACCUGCCAAGGGCAUCAAGGUCAUCACACAAGGCGACGUAGGUGACUACUUCUAUGUUGUCGAGAAGGGGUCUUUCGAUAUCCACGUCAACAAAUCUGGCAAGCUUGAGGCUGGUGCAGAUGGGCUCGGUGCAAAAGUGGGCGCUGUAGGCCCCGGUGGAUCUUUUGGCGAGCUUGCGCUCAUGUAUAAUGCUCCUCGCGCUGCCACCGUCGUAUCGUCAGAGCCAUCAACACUCUGGGCGCUUGAUCGCGUCACGUUCCGCCGCAUUCUGAUGGACAGUGCUUUUCAGCGACGACGCAUGUAUGAAGGAUUUCUGGAGGAGGUUCCGCUACUCUCCACGCUUACCCCAUACGAGCGCUCCAAGAUUGCAGACGCGCUCGAGACGAAGAAGUACCCUGCCGGCACUGAGAUCAUCCGAGAGGGCGAUAUUGGCGAAGCGUUCUAUAUCCUCGAAUCUGGUGAAGCGCAGGUCUACAUUCGCGGCAACAACAGUCCUGUCAAGAGAUAUAACAAGGGCGAUUACUUCGGUGAGCUUGCUUUGCUCAAUGACGCACCCCGUGCUGCAUCCGUCAUCAGCGAAACCGAGGUCAAGGUCGCAAUGCUCAAGAAGAAUGGCUUCCAGCGCCUGCUGGGCCCUGUCGAGGGCAUCAUGAGGCGGAACGAUCCCAGCAAGGAGGGCGACAACGUUGAUCCCUUGUCAAGGACUUCAUAGACGUCACGCGGCAACAUAAGCUGUUGCGGUUUGGUACGAUACGGGUUGACCGUGAGUUAUGAGCGAAGGAGUGCAGGGUCCAGUAGUGGUGGAGUGAGGAGGACGCUCCUGCUUCUUGGCGUUUUUCGCAUGUAUUGCUACUCUUCCUACUGUCACUAAGCGUUGGCUGCCCUCGGGGAAGAGUGGCGUUUUGGUUCGCGAGAAGAGUGAGCUUAGUGGUCCGAUUUGUUCCCCAAGCUCCAACUGCGCACAAGCGAAAGAAUUAAAACAUGACUGUUGAUUACAUGUCUUCACCAGCUGAGAAUGACAUCAGAUGUUUACGUCCGUGCG